GAAUUUGCCUUUGGCUCCACCACAUGCGUACACGCAAUCUAUUCAGGUUUCCAUUUUCAGUAGAUUUGAUGUAUUGGGACUGGAAGAUUAAAAAUCUUUCUGAUCUUGUUGGAAUCGUCGUCACCGACGCCACAUCGAAUUGAACCCUAAAAAAUUACCAGUAGGAAACGACUCUUUCCGACCCUAAGUCGUUCUUCUUCCAUUGACGUUACUCCAACGACAAUCCAUCCCUUCGCUGACUUAAUUAGUUGUCCAAGUCCGAGUCUCUGUCUUUAACAACUUCAGCAUUAUUGGAAAGUAAUAAAUUAGGCUUCUUCACAUCCUAUCUAAUCUAACCCAGUAAAUAAUCGAUCUAUCCAUCCAUCGAAUUCCAGCUAAUGCCCUGCGUGCUUGCACAGCUCAGCCUGCCUGCCCGCCAUCCACAGUUUACAGCCCACCAACACCAAGGACAGAUGGAAUAAAGGAAAAAUCGAGAGAGGUGUUGCUUCUUUAUCAAUUUUUGUGCUAUUGCCUCGUGAUUCCCCACAGUGAUUUCGGCUGUCAGGGUUCGCACCGAAGUCGGCGUCCUUUUCAUUUUUAAGCACCUUCCAAUUAUAGUGUUAUUAGAUGGAGAAUGGUGAAGGGAGCCCGGUGAGGAUGGAGGGUCUGCAAAUGAGGCUGCAGGCUGAUCGGGCCUUCAGUUUGGAACCGGAUGUGGCGGUUUCCUCGCCGGUGACCCGCCAGAAAGCCGCCGCUGCAAAACAGUUCAUUGAGAAUCAUUACAAGAAUUACUUGCAAGGCUUGCAAGAUCGCAAGGAGAGGAGGAUAGCACUGCAAAGAAGGGCGCAGGAGGCUCGGGUUUCGAGCGAGGAGGAAGAGAGAAUGUUGAGGAAUUUGGAGAAGAGGGAAACUGAGUAUAUGAGGAUGCAGAGGCAUAAAGUAGGGAUUGAUGAUUUUGAGCAAUUAACCAUUAUUGGUAAAGGAGCUUUUGGAGAGGUGCGGCUAUGUCGUGCGAAGAACACUGGGGAGAUAUAUGCCAUGAAGAAAUUGAAGAAAUCGGAGAUGCUCAGCCGAGGACAGGUUGAGCACGUCCGAUCUGAGAGGAAUUUGCUUGUCGAAGUAGACAGCCGUUGCAUAGUGAAACUAUUUUAUUCCUUCCAAGAUUCUGAUUUCUUAUACCUUAUCAUGGAGUACCUACCUGGGGGCGAUAUUAUGACUUUACUGAUGAGGCAGGAUGUACUUUCAGAAGAUGUUGCUCGGUUUUACAUGGCAGAAAGUAUUCUGGCCAUCCAUUCAAUCCACCAGCACGGUUAUGUACACAGGGAUAUCAAACCAGACAAUUUGAUAUUGGACAAAACUGGGCAUUUAAAGCUUUCUGAUUUUGGGCUAUGUAAGCCGCUAGAGAAGUACUCAUCAAUAUUGUUGGAAGAUGACGAUUUUGCAGUUCAGGAUACUGGAAUCGAGGGUGACGUGCCUACUGGCACGAAUGCUGCUCCUUGGUUAAUGGCAAAGGAGCAGCUGCAGAAAUGGAAGCGCAACCGGCGUGCCCUGGCGUAUUCUACAGUAGGAACACUUGAUUAUAUGGCGCCUGAAGUUUUAUUGAAAAAGGGGUAUGGAAUGGAGUGCGACUGGUGGUCUUUGGGCGCGAUCAUGUACGAGAUGCUUGUAGGUUAUCCUCCCUUUUGUUCGGAUGAUCCUAGAAUGACUUGCCGCAAGAUAAUACAUUGGAAAACAUGCUUGAAAUUCCCUGAAGAGCCAAAAAUAUCAGACGAGGCACGGGAUCUUAUCACCCAUUUGUUAUGUGAUGUUGACAAAAGAUUAGGGACUCGAGGAGUGGAAGAAAUUAAGGGGCAUCCAUGGUUUAAAGAAACUAAAUGGGAUGAGCUAUACGAGGUGGAAGCUGCCUACAAACCAACUGUGAAUGGAGAUUUAGAUACGCAGAAUUUUGAAAAAUUCGAUGAAAGUGCUAAUCCGCCGUCUAAUGCGCCAAAAGUUGGACCAUGGAGGAAGAUGUUGACGUCAAAAGAUGCCAAUUUUAUUGGAUAUACGUUCAAAAAAUCGGAUCUCCUUCAAUCUGCUGGAACUACAGGUAUUGAUGUGAGUUCAAAUGGAUCUUCGAAACCUCCAUCAUUGAUGUCACUAUUUGGAAAAAUAGACCUGCAAGAAACCGCUAUUUCGGAAGAUGAAGAUCCAAGACCACAAAUUAUUCAAUGAUGGUGUUACUAAUUUUGAUUCUUGAAGAGGAGUUGUUGUAUUGUCUGUAGAACAGCUAAACUUGCUGUGAAUGCAGAAUUUUAUUACAUUGCUUGCAGCUUGAUAUACAAUUCUUGCCAUUUUCUUUUUCCA